AUGAAGAUUGUGAGCUGGAAUGCACGUGGAAUUGGGAGUGAUCGUGCAUUCCAGAAUCUCUCCCGUUUAGUGUCAACCAGUAGUCCUACUAUUUUAUUUAUUAUGGAAUCUCGGCUUCUAAAGAAUGCUAUUAAUUAUGUUAAAAACAAGCUCCAUUUUGAUUCGGGCUUAGAAAUGCCUAGGGUUGGUAGAAGCGGGGGCUUACUUUUGUUAUGGACUAAUGAUAUAAACGUCACUCUAUGUUCUCAAUCUAUUAGUCAUUUUGAUUGCUAUGUGUCGUGUGCCAUCACUAAUGUUUCGUUUCAUCUUACUUGUUUUUACGGCUCUCCCGUUGACUCUCUCAAGCUUCACACUUGGCAAAUCCUGAAAAGGAUUGGUAGGGAUAAUCCCCGUGACCCUUGGCUUCUCAUUGGGGAUUUUAAUACUUUUCUCUUUUCCCAUGACAAACAUGGGGGUAACCCUGACAAGGGCCCUUCUUCUGAUUUUAGACAGUUGUUGGACUCUGUUAAUCUUUCCCCGCUUGACCCAGUGGGGCCCUUCCUCACCUGGAACAACGAUGUGGCUCACCCUAAAAAUAUUCAAGAGCGGUUGGACUGGGGGAUCAUCAACAGUUCUUGGUUGGAUAUCUUCCCGGAUGCCACUCUUACCCACUUGGGUUUCUUCGGAUCUGACCACAGAGCCUUGAAAUUAGUCACAUCCACCACUCCGGGAUAUCGGUCGAGGGACCAUAGUAAGCGGUUUCUUUUCGAGAACGUGUGGCUACAGGACCCAAAUUGGGAUAGAAUUUUAACCAGUCUUGGACAAACCCCACGACCUCCAUGGAAGCCAUCCCUAACCUCAUCGCUACCCAAUCCUUGUGCGCUGAAAAGCUCAACAAUUGGAAUCACAAAAAAGACUUCAACUUCAAACAGCAAAUCUGUAAGCUUGAGAAAGAGCUGGAAUCGGCCAGGUCCACCCCUAUUUGGGACGAUCGUACCAUUGCAACUAUUAAACACCUCCAAUCCCGGCUCGACGCCUUCCUCUACAAGGAAGAAGCUUACUGGAAACAGCGCGCUCGUACCCAAUGGUUGGCUCAGGGGGAUAAAAACACGAAGUUUUUUCACCGAUUUGCCUCCCAAAGGAAAAAAAAUCAACAAAAUUCACCAACUCCAUACGCCAAAUGGAGGCAUGGUCUCGGACGAGGAGAGCAUUAUUCGGAAAAUUGAGUCUCAUUUUGACCAACUCUUCACCUCCUCAAACCCCACCGAUACAAACAUGAAUACAGCUUUGGAAGGCAUCAGUUGUUUUCUGUUAGACUCGGAUAAAUCCCUUCUGACCGAGGAUUUUUCCUUAGAUGAAAUCGUGCAAGCGUUUUUCCAGCUUCCUCUGGACGAAGCCCCUGGCCCGGAUGGCUUCAAUUCUCACUUCUACAAAGCUAACUGGCCUGCUGUUAGGAAAGACGUGCUCGAAGCGGCUUCCAGUUUUCUCAAUGGAAACGCAAAUGUGGCCCCUCUGAAUAACACCCUCAUCACGCUCAUUCGCAAAGUCAAGCAACCUAAGUUCAUCUCUGAGUUUCGGCCUAUUAGUCUCUGUAAUAGUAUCUAUAAAAUCAUGUCGAAGACUAUCGCCAACAGGCUGAAACUUGUUCUGAAUAAUUUGAUCUCACCUAACCAAAGCGCAUUCCUCCCAGGCAGGCUCAUAUCGGACAAUAUUAUUAUAGCCCAGGAAGUUGCGCACUCCAUCAAACUAAAGACGCGCGGGAAAAUGGGAUGGAUGGCGAUCAAGCUUGACAUGGCCAAAGCCUUCGACCGAGUGGAAUGGCCUUUCAUAGUAGCCAUUCUCAGAAAAUUCCAAUUCCGUCCCAGUUUCCUCUUCUGUCAAGCUUCCAUUAGCUCGUGCAACAUCAUCAAAGAUGUUCUAGAGGUCUAUGAGAGGGCCACGGGUCAGAAGGUAAAUUUCCAAAAAUCUUCGCUGUACUUCUCCCCAAAUGUUGAGCUCAGGGAUCAAACUUUGAUCUCUGAUUUCAUGUGUAUCCCGGUGUGGUCUGCCUUCGAAAAAUAUCUAGGUCUUCCUCAGCACAUUGGGCGAAUGAAAAAACAACUGUUCCAUUAUCUUCAAGACAAGGUCUGGGGUCACCUCCAUAAUUGGAAGAAUAAAGUUUUCUCAAAAGGGGGCAAGGAAACUCUUCUUAAAUCUGUCAUUCAGGCCAUCCCCACUUACUCUAUGGCAUGCUUUCGCCUUCCGGUGGCCACUUGUCAUUCUCUCGAAUCUGUUAUGGCCAAUUUCUGGUGGGGCGUUAAUGAUAACAACCGUUCUAAAACUCACUGGCAAAGUUUGAAAAAACUUUGUCGCUCCAAAAAGGAGGGCGGUUUAGGCUUUCGUUCCCUGGUCCACUUCAACCAAGCCUUACUUGCUAAGCAAGCCUGGCGCAUCCUGAAACAGCCAAACUCAACGGUGUCAAAAAUUUUGUCCGCUAGGUAUUUUCCUCACUCAUCCUUUCUUAAUAGCUCAAUAGGGCACUCACCUUCAUUCGUCUGGCGUAGCAUCUGUUGGGGAAAAGAGUUGUUGCACAAAGGAAUUAUUUCAAAAAUAGGUAACGGGCAGAACACAUCCACGACCCGCGAUCAUUGGAUCCCGGGUCUCCAUCAGGUUCCUACCCUUUCCCUUGUCCCUGAUAAAGUUGCCUCGUUCAUCUCACCUUCUUUGUCUUAG